GUUGACGAUUCGUCGAUCGAUUCAUGAGAAUCGUCAAAGGGAUGUGAGGGUGUAAGGGACGGAGAAUACUGGCGUGACGGCGACAGGCAGUCUUACACCUAGAAGCACUCAUUUACUUGACCUGACAGUGACUGAUUUGACGACGACUGACCUUGACGGUGUCACUGACAAUGACUGUUGUAUCUUCCGCGGGAAAGAGCUGUUGUACGACAUAUGCGCCCCAACUCGGCGUAGCACGCCUUACAUCCCGUGCAGAGCUAUUUAUCUGGUGGUUGUGCUUAUGCAACAGCGGCACUGGCAUGUGCAGGCUGUAAGCUUUUUGUAAUUCUGAAGACCCAGUUUCUGACACGUUGGCCCCUUUUCGAUACCUGCACUCAGUUCUUUAGCACAGCGGAAAGGAGUUUUACGAUUCCAUUUAUCCUAGCGCCUCAGCGCCUCUCAAGCCUUUCAGCAGGAGAAACUCGGUCGUCAUCCAUGGCCAGAGAAGCGUUGAACAGGACCGUUUUCCUUAUGGAUGGCAGCAGCGGGUCGUGUUUUCCAGGACGAGCUUUGCUCCUUUGCUCCCUGCUGCCAUUACUCGCCAAUCUAUGCGCUGCUUCAAACGCAACCCAAACACAAACAAUGCCUAGCAGUGUUUCUCCUGCAGGAGCUCUUUCCCUCCAACCUAACAGCUCUGUUGUGCCCUUACCCUCCCCAACCAUCCCCUCCCCUACCGUCUCCUCCCUGACUCCUCCUCCUCCCUCUCCCCGCCCUCCCUCACCUGCUUCCAUUCAAAGCCAAAUUGUGAGCACGCUCGUCCAAGCUGCCACGUCAGCAUCAGAUGCAGUGGUCCCAAUGCCGAUCCAGCUGGGCAGCGGCACCCCCAGCAGCAGUGGAGGCUCUUCUGGGGGAGGCUUAUCCCUGUCCUCCUUUUUUGACCCGGAUUUCCAAUCUGAGCUGUUCUUUGCAACGAUGACCCAACUGCUGGGGCUGCUGCGAGGCACUGGAGGAGGGAAUACAGAAGCAGCUACUCAGGGAAAUUGGACCGGAGGAGCGAAUGCACAGGCUGCCGGUAAUACUGGUAGUACCAGUACCACCAGUGGGAAUACGACGAGAGGGCCGAGUCAAGCUAGCCAAGCAAGCCAGAGUAACCAGUCCAGCAGCAACCGGAGGCAGCGCGCCAGUGGUUUCAGUGGCAAUGGAGUCUAACCUAACACGUACUGUUACCCUUGACACGGCAGGGUAGCUACAGGGGCAAGUGCGUAGUAAGUAAUGAUAACAUUGUGACAUUGGUAAUCAAGAUGCAUGUUCUGAAAUUGUAACAUUGUUAUGGUGAUCUCAGUGGCUGGAUGAUGCAGU